AUACAGAGAGAGACUCGUUCUACCAAACAAGACUUGUAAAGAACUCUCCGUCACGUUUCGUUACCUUCUCUUCCGUAGCUAACCCACCUCUCUCUCUCUCUUUCUAUAUAUAUUUAUUACAAAUUUCUUCGCUUCUUUUUCAAUUUUCAGAAACCCUAGCUCUCCAGAAAUUCCAUUUGAUUGUCAGUUUGCCUUGUCGCAUCCAUUUCUACAAUGUCAAGUUUGGAGGAGCCACUUGGUCUUGACAAAUUACCAAGCCUGAGCACUAUUGAUGGGUUUCAUAGGUUCUCGUCUAGUGCCUGCAGGCCCAGGGGAGAGGACACGGGAAUGGGAAACUGCUGGAUUGAAGGGAGAAACUGCAGCUCAUCCAACAGUUGCAAUGAAGAUUUUGACUUCACCCGUCGAAGACAAGCGAGAGACAGGAUUAAUGCAGUCUAUGGAAGUGUGCGUGAUUCAUGGUAUUUGUCGGAUCAACAAUAUAACUCCUACUGCAAUGACAAGAGGAUACGGGACGUAACAGAUAAGAUCUUUAAAGGAAUACCAAAGUAUGUGAAGAUAGUGGAAGUCGGUCCAAGGGAUGGGUUACAAAAUGAGAAGAAUAUUGUACCUACGGCCGUGAAGGUAGAAUUGAUUCAUAGGCUAGUUUCUUCUGGAUUAUCUGUUGUUGAGGCUACGAGUUUUGUCUCCCCGAAAUGGGUACCUCAGCUGGCAGAUGCGAAGGAUGUAAUGGAAGCAGUUAGGAAUGUGGAAGGUGCUAGAUUGCCUGUUUUGACACCUAAUUUAAGAGGCUUUGAAGCAGCUGUUGCAGCUGGGGCAAAGGAAGUAGCCAUUUUUGCAUCAGCUUCCGAGUCCUUUUCAAAGUCGAACAUUAAUUGUAGCAUUGAAGAGAGUCUUACUCGCUAUCGUGUUGUUGCACAUGCUGCUAAAAAGCUCUCUAUUCCUGUUCGUGGGUACGUAUCAUGCGUGGUUGGGUGCCCAGUGGAAGGAGCAAUUCCUCCUUCGAAAGUGGCUUAUGUGGCAAAAGAACUUCAUGAUAUGGGUUGCUUUGAAAUCUCACUUGGUGAUACAAUAGGGGUCGCAACACCUGGUACUGUUCUUCCUAUGCUGGAGGCUGUAAUGGCCGUUGUCCCUGUAGAGAAGCUUGCUGUCCACUUCCAUGACACUUAUGGGCAAUCUCUUCCAAACAUUUUAGCAUCUCUCCAGAUGGGGAUCAGCACGGUGGAUUCCUCCGUUGCAGGUCUAGGAGGGUGUCCAUACGCGAAAGGAGCUUCAGGGAAUGUGGCCACCGAGGAUGUCGUAUACAUGCUUCAUGGACUUGGUGUGAAGACCAAUGUUGAUCUAGGGAAACUCUUGUCAGCUGGGGAGUUCAUCAGUAAACAUUUGGGCCGCCAAUCGGGUUCGAAAACAGCAAUUGCCUUGAGCCGAGUUAGAGCUGAUUCCUCUAAGAUAUAGUAACUCCCAGUUAAUUAGAUCAUAUAUUAUUUAUAACCAAGAGAGGUGUUGAAUUCUUGUGUACCAAAUUUUUAUUGUGGAAGCCUUAUACUGCUUCCCCUCCUAUAUAAUAAGCAUAUACAUGAAUAAAAGGAACUGGGAUGUAUAGUUCCAAUUUUAGAGAACAAA